UCAUUCCGGACCUGUAGACGAUGUUUACUAUUAUUUAAGUUAUGGUGGAAACGACACUGUGACUGGUUUCACCUUUCUUGUCCAUUCAGGGCGUGGUAUACUUUUUUUUUCCUCUAGAAGCACACCUGUAUUGCGGAAGUGCUGUUACCAAAGCAGGACAGGUGUUUAUUUAAAGGAAUGGCUCAGGAAUUCAGCUCAAAAAUCCUGCUCGACUUGAUUGGUGAUCAAGUCGCGCAUAUAUUUGCUGGAUCAGAGGCACCAGCACACAGUCUUUAAAUCUCGCCGGUGCAGAGGGUGUUUUAACACCUGCUGGACAGGAUCACACCGAACCGAACGGAAGAGGAACGAUUAGUUUUCAGGAACAUAAAAAUGUCAAGGCUUGCGAGUAUUUUACCGAGCGAGGCGGUCUUUGCUGACUUCAGAAGGCAGUGUUUAGCAACCGAGAACUGGCUGAACAAAUAUGACAGUAAUGGGAUGCAAGUGUGGGUCGAAGUUCCACCUGCAAAUAGGGGAUAUAACGCACCCAAGGUCCACAAGAUCAAAUGUAGAAUGACAAUCAAAGAUGUGUCUGCUGCUACAAUGUACGACGUUAUUCAUGAUGGCCAGUAUCGGAAGAAAUGGGAUCCCAACAUGUUGGGGAGUUUUGACAUUGCCCGGUUGUCUGAUAAUGCAGAUGUGGGCUACUACUCAUGGAAUUGUCCAAAACCAAUAAAAGGCAGAGAUGUUGUAACUCUGCGUUCAUGGCAGGUGACAGAUGACGAGUACAUCAUUGUUAACUUCUCAGUCAAACACCCGAAAUACCCUCCUCAAAGCGAUCUCGUCAGAGCCAUUUCCAUCCAGACUGGCUAUUUGAUCAAGCCCACAGGACCAAAUAGCUGCACUUUUAUCUACCUUUCACAUGCCGACCCCAAAGGCUCUCUUCCAAAGUGGGUGGUAAAUAAAGCGUCCCAGGUUCUGGCUCCUCGGGUGAUGAAAAGUGUGCACAAGGCAGGACAGAACUACCCAGAGUGGAAACGGCAGAACUCUCCCAACCAGAAGCCCUGGCUCUACCCAGAGCAGAGCACCCUGCCCAUGAUGGACCCUGCCGAACUGUCAAUACAGAGAGCGGACUCACUAGAAAAUGUAGAUGAAAGCUCCAAGGUGGAUGCUCAAGACAGUGAGGACAGCAGCUAAAUCACAAAGAGGUGGUGGGAGGAAGGGUGGCCAUGAAGGGGAGAUUGGGAAAUGGACUGUAUAUAUUAAAUAAAAAGGGGGAAAAAAGACUUUGAAAGGACGUUUAAAAUGCCCAGCUCUCUGUCAUCUUACCUAAAUCUUCCAGUCUUCAAAUUGCUAUGCCAAACCAUGAAGUGUUUACAGCUGUCUUGGAAAUGAGCACAGAUGAAGUUGCCAUUCAUCUCUGAAACUGAGAUAGAGUUGUUGGGUUAUAAUGUGAUACUGUUGAAGUACUACAGUUACACUGGAUCCUCACCAGGCCAUUUUUAAUUGCAGCUAACAAAGUUCAAACUUACACGAAAACAUAUGUUAAAAUUAAACCUCAUUUUAAUCACUAAAUAAAAUUAGUGAUUUAUUUAAAGUGUCUAUGAAGGAAAAUUACUUAGUGGUGAAAAUGGAGGUUUGAAUUCCUAAGAUUGUUUCAUAUGUGUUAAAACUUAAUAGAAAUUGUUUAGAUUUUGUAGCUUUCAUGAGACAGACACUUAAAAUAAUUUUACUUGGUUAACUCUUUAUUAUGGUCUGCUACACUGUUAAAGCACAAGUUUCAUUUUAAUAGGUUAACAAGAAGCCUACAGUUUGAGCUAGUUUUUUUUAUUUAUAUAUUUUUAGAUGAACAUUUUAUCUCUACAAGUUCUUUUUGGUUUUCUGCCUUAAACUUGUAAUGAAGACUGUUUGAAGGGCUGUUGCAUUAACGUGAAAUUGUACAGUCAAAGUAAAAACAUUGUAAGUUGCCUAACAGGAUUGACCAUAAAGGACAUAUUUUAUUGUAUUUAUUUGUUACUGUAAGAUGGUUUCAAUAUGGUGAUCAUGCCCUGGAAUGAAGUCCUGCAGGCUGAGAUUUUCUUUUGACAGAUUUUAAUAAUGUUGCACAUUUUUUUUUUUGUAAUAAACCUCAUAAGGUUAACAUGCUGUAUCACCGUCAUUGACUGCAUUACUCUUAGCUGACAUUUAGUCUCAAGAGAAACCAAACCAGUCAGAUAAACAAGUCAGACCACUUGUUCCAGUGAAAACCAGUAAGUCCAGGUUUUACAAGCACAAAGGUACUAAAGUUCAUUUUUAUUCAAGUCUCAUAUUCUGAAGAAACUGCAAUCAUUAAGAACAAAACAAAGGAAAGCUCUGUGCAUAACUACCAUACAUGACUGGAGUUGGGUAACACUAGAACGUAGAAAAUGAUAGCAGUUGCUGAAGUUAAGUUGCUUUUAUUUCUGCUACAAGGAGUUAUACGUGUAACCCGAGUCAUUUCUACACAUUUUUCCCUGCUUUGUAAACCAAUUCCUGAUUUCAAUCACUUUGACUUGGAUGGAUUACAUUUUCAUGAACAUUU